CUGUGCGCUUUUUCUUUGAAGUGUUCGGCUUGUCUUCCGAUGAAGCUUCCUCGAGUUCUGAUGAAUCAUUUGCGGGGGUGUAGCCCUGAAGUUCCGCAUAAAUUGUCUGUAUUGUUGAUAUGGUAGGUGCAGAGUCCUCACCGAAAGCCGCAACAAGACGAUCAUGGCACUGCUGUUCAGUUAAAUUGCUUCGAAAAUCGUAUAUAAUCAGGGCACGGUAGUGUUCAACAGUCAAAUUCAUUGUAUCCUGCUGCACUGAGACGCCUUGAAGGAAUAUUUUCUUGUAAAUCUUUCCCAGGAAGGUAAUGAAUGAAAAAUGAAACGACCUUGAUGAACGUAAACAGAAACGAAAAAAAUACUAUUUUUGCUUUCAAAAAAAUCCGCCAGUUGGCGUAAGGGCGCCAAGUAGGCAGGAAUUUGACGUCGAGAAAAAAACAAUAAAGCGCUUUCUCGUGCUUGCCCCUUUUGGUUUUCUCCGUCAAUUUCCCCCCAAAAUUGGUGAAAAACGCAUUUUAAAUAAAAAUAUGCGAGCAUAAAUUAAUUAGUGAAAAUCUCAAAAGUGCGAGGUGUGUAAAAAUUGUAUUCCAACCCGAAUAUAUUGAGCGCUUUUGUGAAUAAUCUUGUUGUGAAUAUAUAUUGAGGUUAUGUGAAAACGUGUGAGUUUUCGGCAAAAUUUAGCUGGGAAAUCGCCUUAUUUCUGACCAAGAAGAUGUUCAACAAGAGGAAUGGCAUUAAAUCCACCAAUUCUAGUAUUUCGGGGAAUGAAAGCAGCGUUUCUCGCUCGACGGAAAGGAAUGACACACCGAGGAGGGGGCCAUCAACUUCAAGGCUUGGGCAGAGUUUUAGUAGUCCCCCAAGGAUAGAUCCAGAGAUUCUCUUGGAUACACAGAGCAAUGGUUUGAGUUCUAGAAUUGUCAAAUAUUACGAGGACAGUCAGAAAAUGACACGGAGUCCAAGGCAUAUAUAUAACAAACCCGGACAGUUUCCGAUUGUCCAUCUAAAGAGAAAAGAAAUUGAGUUUUCAGUAAAGAGAAACAAUCCGCUGUCGGCUGUAAAAAUUGCACCUCCGGACAAAUCCGUGGCAGAUAGGAAUAUCAGAUUAAAUAUCCUACGACAAGGACUCUCCCCGCCAUCUACACCUGCAGAGGACUACAGAGAACCGAGAAAAUUGUAUGACAAUGAACCCUUAGCACCGUCAGCGGGUAUUGAAUCCACACCCACACGAUCUGUACUCGAUGCUCUGACUGAAAUCUCCCGCAAGAGGAUUCACAAUGAGGAUUUCAAUGGGGAGAGGACAAAGAAAAAGCCGUGUAAAGAGUGCACGGAGAUUGAUGGACCACUACCGGAUGAGACAAGAGCAAACCAAACGAAGCGACAGCGUGAGAAAAUUUCUCCUCCAAGCCCUUCGGAAGCAACAAUUGCUGAGUCGACGAAAAAGAAAUUGUGUCGAGACAGUGCUGAUAUUUUGAGUUCUCUCAGCUCAAGUGUGCGGUUGUUGAACCCCAAGAGGAGAAUCGAAGACGUUCUGGUGGGAGAUGCAAAAAGGAAACAUUUCCAGCGUCCUCAGGCUACUGUUGAGCCACAGAAGCGAAGUCCCAUAGCACCUGUGGAGUCGCGAGAAGUAAUUGAUUCUCCAACAGUUCAAAAAGUAGUUCCAAAUGUGAGCCCCACGCCCAAAUACACAUCGCCGACGAUUCCCCCAAAACCUACACCGAAGAUAACACUCUUUAAUCAGAAUUACGAUAAAAUUCAAGAGAGAGUCUUGUCAGACACGGAAGACGAUGAGGAGGGACGAUCAAUGAACUUAGUACGUCCAAAGCAAAACAGUCAGUUUUUAGUGAAGGACAAAAAGGCAUCGAAAGAGGGAACAAAGUCAAAGCUUGCAAUGAUGUUGAGCUAUUUAAGUAGAAACUUCGAAGAUGAAUCCCCUGAUGCUGUGGAUGGAAAGACAGAUUCGAAAGAUGAAUCAACACCUCAAGCUCCCUUGGCUGCUGAGAAAUCUCCAGAAUUGCCCAAAAUAGCACCUGUGAUCUUUGAAACGCCCAAAUCGUCUAAAGUUGCGGAAAUUUCCCUUACAAAAGCCUCCACUGAGCAAAAGGAAUUGACUAAAGAUGCUCCUGUGGCUACCUCCACACCUAUGUUUAAAUUUGGAGUAUCCUCAACGACAUCCGAAGCUUCGAAGAAGGUAGAAUCUACGGAAAAUGGUGCCAAUUCGAUGAUAGAGAAGGAUAAGCAAGUGGAAAACAAAGUUUCUGAUAAGAAAUUGGAAGAAAACACAGCGUCUGUGCCCACUUCAGCAAAUACUUCACCAUUUUUGCUACGUCCUGCUGUGAGUGAUGCAUCAAAGGUUCAAUCUGUAGCAACUCCUCCAAAAUUAGCUGCUCCAAUAAAUUUUGGAUUCAAUCCGCAGGCAUCAACAGCUGCCACAUCUACUGCACCCACUACAUCAUCCUCCCCACUUCGACCUGUUGGGAAUUACUUACCGACCUUUGGAGGAAGUACGUGUAGUCCCAAGACUAGUAGUCCAUUCACUUUAGGAAUCUCAGGAAAUUCUACAAAUAGCCUCGCAAAGGAAACUGGAGAAUUUCCAAAAACACUCUCAACGAGUUUCUCAGUCGCAUCUAAAGCUCCAACGAGUACAGUUGCCACGACAACAGCUACAGCAGCAAAUCCUCCAGCGGUGCAGCCGGCUAAUUUUAUGCAAAAUUUUGCCACAACAUCAGCUGCACCAUCGUCGGUAUCUCUGAGCACGGGAUUAUCAUCAACGGGCGCAUCAAAUCCUCCAGCUUACCCAGCCAAUUCUCUUUUUACGUUCAAACCAGUGGCUAGUAGCGCCCCAGUGGCUACUGUUACCAGUUCAGUGACAAAUUCUUCAGGGAAUCCUCCUCAGUAUCCGUCAUUUGGUACGCCAGUAGUCACGAAAGCAGCACCCGCAGAGUCGAAAUUUGUCUUUGGAUCGACAACAUCAACUUUCGGGGAUACAUCGAAGACCACACAAUCCACGGGGAUUGAUUUUAAAAAGCCUGAUGGGGUGAUUACCUUCGGGGGAGGUAAUGUGGCAAAGACAACACCUUCAACGAAUACCUUCAAUUCACUCCCAUGUGGAGGCUAUACGGAGGGAACCUUUUCUGGAUUUUCCAAACCAGCCACAGCACCGACAUUUGGAAAUCCAUCUGCUUCCAUUUCCGUUUUUGGCAGCCAAACUAUAUCUUCUCCGGCAUUUGGAGGUUCGUCCACAACAACCACAUCUGUUUUUGGCCACGCACCAGUCACCUCAACGUCAGCAUUUGGAGCAUCGGUUAGUCAAGCUGCGGCUGGAUUUGGAGGUCAAAAUACUGCUGCUUCAGUCUUUGGAAGUCCAGCAACGACUACUCCGUCAUUUGGAAGCACAGCAGCUUCCACACCAGCAUUUGGGACUCCAUCUACGUCUGCAUCGGUAUUUGGAACACCAGCAGCAACAUCUGCUCCUACCUUUGGAACUCCAUCUACGUCUGCACCGAUCUUUGGGACUCCAGCUACGUCUUCAUCGACCUUUGGCGGUGCCACAACGGCAGCGUCGACUUUUGGAGUCCCUAAAAGUAGUACGGAUACAAAAUCUCUAUUCACCUUUGGAGCAACAACAAACAAUGCAAAUCAGACAUCACAGAAUUCCUCUGCUUUUGUAUUUAACGCAUCCCAAGCAAAAUCACCACAAACAUCAGCUGCAACACCCUUUUCUUUCGAAAAGAAGACACCCUUCGAGGCAGCAGCAUCAGCUGGGAGUACGUCGCUCUUUGGAGGCUCAACGAAUUCUUCAAUUUUCGGGGGUACAGCCACAACUACCGCCAAUGCAACAGCUCCGGUGUUUGGAAGUUCAUCCGGUGUAGCGGUAUUUGGAGCUGCAACAACUUCCGCACCGGCCACAACGAGUGCAACUUCGAUAUUUUCCGCGGGAAAUGCCUUUGGGGGUACUGGACAGCAGCAACAGGCGGCAUCCAAUGAAUGGGGAAAGAGUGCUUUUGGGACAACUUCGACAGGAUCGCAGUUUUCUUUUGGACAAACCGCUACAACAACUGCUUCAGCAGCUUCAGGUGCUGGGAUUUUUGGUCAAGCACAAUCUCAGACGACAGGAAAUACAUUUGGAGAGCAAACAAAUAAACCCUUCAAUUUUACCGCAUCAGCUGGGGCCCCAUUUCAAUUUGGUGGAGCAUCUUCAGCUCCCAAUAACGCGUCAUUUUCCUUCUCUGGCAAUCAGAAUACUGCUGCACCAGCUCCUGCGUUUGGUGGUGGUGCCUCAUCGGGACCCUUUGCUUUCGGUCUGUCCACUCAGGCGGCCCAGGCAGAGCAAUCAAAGCCUCCACUGCCGGCUUUUGGUUCUGGUGUAACUGUCUUCGGUGGUGGGCAGCAAAAUGCAACUGGAAAUGCCCCACCGGCUUUUGGGACUCCCAAUCCGGCACCGGCGUUCAACUUUACGGGUUCCAAUCCUACAACGCCACAACAACCAUUCGCUUUUGGGGCAACAAAUGCUCAGGGUGGGUUUAGUAUAGGCAGCAGUGGGGGCCCCACACAGAGACGCUCCUACAGACAAGCAACUAGACGUAUUAAGUAGGCACAUAGCAGUUUAUUCACAUCUAGGAAAUACAUUAAAAAUUGUUUUUUAAACUAUAAAUCUGUAUAUUAUGAAAAAAAAUUAUGUAAUGACGAAAUAUAAUCGUUCUUUGGGUUUUAGUCCUUAAUAUG